AUGGAUUUCCUCAAGAAGAAGAUGAAGGAGCUCAUGGAUGACGACGACAAGAAGCCAGCCGACUCUCAUGCUGCUCCCGGCGGUGCUGGCCCUGGUGAUCGCGCGCUUUCUGAUAGUUACUAUGGAGGUGGACAAGGCGGCCCUCCCCAAGACCAAGGCUACCCACCCCAGGGUCAUGGCUACCCGCCUCAGGGUCCUCCUCAGGGUCAAGGAUAUUCACCCCAAGGAUAUCCGCCUCAAGGUCAAGGUUACCCACCUCAGGGCUAUCCACAACAGCAGCCUUAUGGCGGCGCCCCCACACCCACAGGUCCACCAGCGCCGUAUGGAGCGCCUCCGCCGAUGCCACCGGGCUGGACUCAGCAAUGGGAUCAGAACAGCCAGCGAUGGUUCUACAUUGAGCAAGCAACGGGUCGCACGCAAUGGGACCCUCCUUCGCAUUUGCCACCUGGCCCAUAUGCACCACCCGGAGCAGGCGCACCUUACAUGCCGCCAGCCGGUCAUGAUGAGCGCGGUCUAUUCGGCAACACCCAUGGCCACCAGGGACACGACUACACGCAGUCUGGAGCUGCCACGAACGAGGCCGAGAAGAAGAAGGGUCAUUCUGGUGCCAUGCUCGCCGCCGCUGGUGUUGGAGGUAUCGCAGCCGGUGCCUUCAUUGGCCAUCAACUCGCCGACGACAGUAGCGACGACGAGAAGCAGCAGUCGUAUGCGCCUCCAGCGGCGGCUCCCGCUGCUGCUGCAGGUGGCUACGGUGCUGACCCUGGUUACGGGGCUGAUCCCGCCUAUGGCGCUCCUCCCCCAGCAGACCCUAAUGACUAUGAUAACCACCCGGCCUUUGAGGAGCCCCCUCCCGUUCCCACCCAUGACGCCGACGGUGACUCCAUCUCAAGUAGUGACCGUGAGUCCAUGGAGGAGAAGCGCGAGGAGCUCAUCGAGGCGCAGGAGGAGUAUCAGGAGGAACUCGAAGAGAACUACGACGACUAA